AUGACAUCAACUUCCAAGGCUCGAUUUGAGCAAGCGUCAAAGCACGCCGUUCUCCUAAACGCACUUCUAUCACACCCUGCUUGCAAACUGCAAGCCAACGGUAGACCAGACAAGAACAGCACCCCCAUCACGCUCUAUUGGGUCAUCGACUUCGAACUCAACACGUGGAACAACUACGUUCUAGCCUAUCUCCCACCCGAUGCACCUAAACACAGCCGUGGGCUGGCCAUCCAGCCAGGCAGCGAUUUCACCGAAAGCCCCGCGUUGGUGGAAGAUAGUAAAUACCCUCGUAUGACCGGUGCCGCCUUGAAAGAAAAGUGGACAGACUCAAUCGGUCGAGGCGUCAUGAUCAGUAACAUCAUCUUGACUCCUGGUCAGCAAAUGAUGUUCGGUGGCACCUUUGACUUUGGGUCGGAGGUUGAGGCUGCUGCCAGAGCAAUCACGGCGACAAGUUGA